UUCACUUCCCACAGGCAAUAGAGAAAUCUCUCUGUCUCUCUGUCUCUCUCUCGCUCUCUCUCUCUCUCUCUCUCUCUCUGUGUGAGUCGCCAAGAACGCCAGCAGCAUGACGAAGGAAGUGGCGGAGCAUGGCUCGUUCUCGGCCAAGGACUACCACGACCCCCCGCCGGCGCCGCUGAUAGACCCGGUGGAGCUGGGCAAGUGGUCGUUCUACAGGGCGCUCAUCGCCGAGUUCAUCGCCACCCUCCUCUUCCUCUACAUCACGGUGCUGACCGUGAUCGGGUACAAGAGCCAGAUCAGCGGCGGCGACGCCUGCGGCGGAGUCGGCAUUCUCGGCAUCGCCUGGGCCUUUGGCGGCAUGAUCUUCGUCCUCGUCUACUGCACCGCCGGAAUCUCAGGUGGUCACAUCAACCCGGCGGUGACGUUCGGGCUGUUCCUGGCGCGGAAGGUGUCGCUGGUGCGAGCCAUAAUGUACAUGGUGGUUCAGUGCCUGGGUGCCAUAUGCGGAGUCGGCCUGGUCAAGCUCUUCCAGAAGUCGUACUACGACCGGUUCGGCGGUGGAGCCAACGAGCUCAGCGCCGGGUACAAGACCAGCGUCGGGCUGGGCGCCGAGAUCAUCGGCACGUUCGUGCUGGUCUACACGGUCUUCUCGGCCACCGAUCCCAAGAGGAGCGCCAGAGAUUCCCAUGUUCCGGUUUUGGCUCCUCUGCCAAUCGGAUUCGCGGUGUUCAUGGUUCACUUGGCCACCAUCCCCAUCACCGGAACCGGUAUCAACCCGGCGAGAAGUCUCGGCGCUGCUGUUAUCUACAACAAGGAUAAGGCCUGGGAUGAUCAGUGGAUCUUCUGGGUAGGACCAUUCAUUGGGGCAGCCAUUGCAGCUUUCUACCACCAGUUCAUAUUGAGGGCAGGAGCAGUUAAAGCCCUUGGAUCAUUCAGGAGCAACUCUUAGUCUAUUUUCAUAAUUUAUCAAUGCCCUCCUCCUAAUUGUUCUCUGAUGAAGGAAAACAAAAGGACAAAAAGAGAGAGGGAGAGAGAUAGAGAUUUGGAAGGAGAUCGUGAUGAAGUCACAUGGUGGUGGGGGACUUGCUUUUAUCAUACUUGUGUUCAAAAGUCCAUGGAAUGUGGAAAAAAAAAACUGUAGAGAGAUGGAAAAUCCUUAGUGUUAUGAUUGAGCGGGGGGGAACAUGUAUCUGUUUCUUUCUUCUUUGUAUGCUGUGCACUACAUUCAUAUGUGAAUUCUCUCUCCUGUGUCGUUGUUUAUCUUCUGUUGGUGCUCUCUCCCUUAUUCUCCACCUUCUCGUUAAAUCUACUUUUGGGUUGCAAA